AUGAUAGAUGGGAAUGCUGAGAGGAUCUGCACUGGAGAAGAGAACCUGGAGACUCUUUCCAAUUCUGUGUUUGAGACCACCAUGAGUGGAUUCAGUUACAGCAUCUACAAUGCAGUCUAUGCUGUGGCACAUGCUCUGAAGGUCAUCUAUUCCUCCAAACUCAAAGAAGGUCGAAUAAUUGAUGAGAACAGAUUGAAUUUCUUCCUUCAAUCACCAUGGCAGGUUUUGUUGUUUGUUUCUUGUUUUCCAGACUUAGAUGAUUGUUUCCCAUGUCCAGAAGAUCAAUAUCCAACCAAGGAUCGGGAUAGUUGCCUUCGAAAAAGAAUAACUUACUUGACUUAUCAAGAGCCUUUGGGGAUUUUUUUGGUAGUGAUUGCAGUGUCCUUUUCUUUCAUCUCAGCUUUGGUGCUAGGAAUCUUCAUUAAACAUCAGGACACUCCCAUUGUCAAAGCCAACAACAGGAACCUCACCUACAUUCUUCUCAUAGCUCUCUUUCUUUCCUUCUUUUGCACUUUGCUCUUCAUUGGGCAACCUGACCAAGGGAAAUGUCUCUUGAGACAAACAGCUUUUGGCAUCACCUUCUCUGUAGCUCUUUCUUGUAUCUUGGGGAAAACAACCAUUGUUGUUCUUGCUUUCAUGGCCACCAAGCCAGGCUCCCAAAUGAGGAAGUGGGUGGGGAAAAGGCUGGCUAUUUUUAUUGUCCUAUCUUGCUCCCUGGCACAAUUCUCCAUUUGUGUGGGGUGGCUGGCAAUUUCUCCUCCAUUCCCAGAUUCCGACAUGCACUCCAUGGCUGAAGAAAUUGUGCUGCAAUGUAAUGAAGGUUCAACCACAAUGUUUUAUGUUGUCCUUGGCUUUAUGGGGUUCUUGACUGUGGUCAGCUUCACCGUGGCCUUCCUAGCUAGGAAUUUACCUGACAGCUUCAAUGAAGCCAAGUUUAUCACCUUCAGCAUGUUGGUCUUUUGCAGUGUUUGGAUGUCAUUUGUUCCAACUUAUCUGAGCACCAAGGGCAAGUACACAGUGGCUGUGGAGAUCUUCUCCAUUUUGGCUUCAGCAGCUGGAUUACUGGGCUGCAUCUUUUCUCCCAAAUUGUAUAUCAUUAUUCUGAGACCUGAACUGAAUAAGAAGGAGCAACUAAUAAAGAAAUGA